GCCGUUUUCUGUCAGCAUCUUCCUUUAUGUUCUUAUUUCGACAAAAAAAUGAUGAUUCCCAUGAUGUUGGUUUCGGCGCUGCUCGUUCAGAUGUUGUUUGUGUCGUGUCAUUGUUUUGUCCUAGAGACUGAUGCUACCGAUUGCCCCGUAAACUGUAGUUGCGCAGACGACUUUAUUUGUAGCAACAGAUCGUUACGAAUGGUGCCAUGGAUUCCAAAAACUCGCCGUUGCAAAAUAAGUCUGAAUGAUAAUCACUUAACUAACAUAGAAGCAGGAAUAUUUAAAAAUCAAAGUACUAGCCAAGUUUGUAAUAUAAAUUUUGAUAAUAACGAAAUUCAGGAAAUAGCGGAUGGAGCUUUUGAUUGGAUUAAGAAUGCAUCGAUUACUUUCUAUUUAAGACAAAAUAAUUUGUCAUUUAUUCCAAAGGCUUUCGAAAACCUUUCGCAGUUACGUGCUUUAUACUUCAAUGGAAACCCGUUGAUGCAUUUGAGUUCACAAACUAUGAUCAGUAUUGGUCGCUCAUUGAUGACCUUCACCUUUGAUAUGGGCUAUUUUCAGUCUUGGCCACACGAGCUUCGGUAUUUACGUUCGUUAGCCACCCUUAAGAUAGGUUACAUUCCAUUUUAUGUAUUACCACAAAAUGCUUUUCAUGGAUUGGAAAGCACAUUAUUCAGUCUAGAGAUUCACAACUCAAAGCUGGAAGAAAUUCCACGUGCGUUAUGCAUAUUCAACUCCUUACAAUAUUUAAACUUUUCAUCAAAUCAUAACCUAAACAGAAUGACUUCACAGGUUACCAGUCACUGCACAAACAACAGCUUUCAGGUCUCAUUUUUUUAUUUUGAUGAUAAUGACUUGGAAAUAUUUCCAGACUUAAGUUUGUUUCAUAACGUUUACAGUAUGACUGCAAACAAAAAUGGUUUUCUUGUCAUGAAUGGUGACUUUCUAACUUCUUCAAAUUUCACCAUUUACAGUCUUGAUCUAAACAAGAACAAUUUUACUCGUAUACCAUUCGCGGUAAAUGAAUUCAGAUCAUUGGCGCAGUUGAAUAUGGCUUACAACUCCAUCACAAGUGUCGCCGAUCCCGACAUUUCGAAGCUUACCGAUUUGAAUGUCCUCGAUCUGAAAGGCAACCCAAUAUUGUAUAUCUCCAAAGACUCUUUCAUCAACAAUUUAAAACUAAGUGUGUUAGAUUUAAGCGAGACCAGACUGUCCCAAAUACCCGUUGCCGUUAUGACCCUGAGUAACCUUGUUCAGUUAGGCUUAGACAAUACUCCCGUUGACUGUACGUGUGACCUGGCAUAUUUGAAGUCUUGGAAUAAAACCAACACAAUUUCUGACACAUCCCACUGUUACCUAUCGACAGAGAAAACCAGAGAUUUUCUUGAACAGUCUCUGAUACAUUGCUAAGACAGAACCUAAACAUUCUUUCUUAAUUCCUGACAAAUUUGCAGGCUUUAAUCAUAUAUUUUUGCCAUUGCUAUCACUGAUGUUUUUGUUUGUUUGAUUGGGUUUUACGUCACACCGACACAGUAUAGGUCACUGAUGUUUUAAGCAUAUUUAGAUAAUACUGUAACAUUUUAAUAUGUUCUGAACAGUUUGUUUGUGAAAUAUACUGUUAUGGAUUAAUAUUACUAAACGAUUCUUUGAGAUAAAUACUGUUAUGGAUUAAUAUUAAUGAACGGUACUUCUUUGAUAUAUACAUGUAUACAGUACUGUUAUGGACUUAUAUUAUUGAACGAUUGUUUGAAAAGUUAUGGAUUUAUAUUAAUGAACGAUUCUUUGUUAAACAUUCUUUUAUGGAUUAAUAUUUAUAGUAAUAAAUAAAUGGAAGAUUCUUUGCGAAAUGCACUGUUAUGGGGAAAUAUUAAUGAACGAUCCUAUGUGAAAUAUAUAUAGUCUUAUGUAUCAAUGAUUAUGAAGGAUACAUAGUGAAAUGAAAAUAACAAGUUAUAAAUUAUUAAUAUCAAUGAACGAUUCUUUGUUGGAAAAAUACUUAUAUGAACGAUUCUUAUCAACGAUUCGUUGAGAAAUAAACAUUU